AUGGUGGUUGCGGGGGCGACGGAAACUCUGGCGGUGUUCUGGCACGAGGGCAUGCUGGCCCACGACGCCGGCAGCGGCAUGUUUGACACGGGCCUUGACCCGGGGUUUCUCGACGUGCUCGAGAAGCAUUUCGAUGGCGCCGACCGCGUCCGCAACAUGGUCUCCAUCCUCCGCCGAGGGCCCAUAGCGCCCUUCCUCUCUUGGCACUCCGGCAGCCCCGCCCACACCAGCGACCUCCUCAAGUUCCACACCCAAGAAUACAUUGAUGAGCUCGUGCAAGCGGACGCCAGCGGGGGCAAGAAACUCGAUAAGACCACUUUCUUGAACCCUGGCUCAUGGGGUGCAACGCUUCUGGCUGCUGGAACAACCUUAUCGGCGGCGAGGCACAUACUAGAUGGACGUGGGAAGAUGGCCUACGCACUGGUCCGCCCCCCUGGCCAUCACGCGCACCCGGAUCGUGCCGACGGCUACUGCAUUCUGAACAAUGCGGGUCUUGCCUUGCAGCUGGCUCUAGAUUCAGGCCUCACAAAGAUCGCCGUUGUUGAUAUCGAUGCGCACUAUGGAAAUGGCACCGCAGAACGCUUCUACCAAACAGACAACGUGCUGACCAUCUCUCUUCACAUGAAGCAUGGCUCCUGGGAUCCGUCAUACUCACAUGCGCAGAGUGGCUCAGCUGAUUUGAUUGGUGAAGGAAAGGGGCUUGGAUACAACCUCAACAUACCUCUGCCUAAUGGAAGUGGGGAUGCAGGGUAUGAAUAUGCAGUGAAUGAACUGGUUGUCCCAGCAAUUGAUAAGUUUCAACCUCAGCUUUUGGUGUUUGUUAUUGGCCAAGACUCUAGCGCGGUAAGUUGA